CGGGGCGCGCUGGGAGCUGUAGUUCUCCCGCCGGAGGUCCUGUGCGGAGCCGCCAUGCCGGAGGGGACGGGAGCGCUGCGGGAGGUGCUGCCCAAGCAAGGACAGUUGUCGGUGGAGGACGCGGCCACCAUGGUGCUGUGCAAGCCCAAGAUCCUGCCGCUCAAGUCGGUGUCGCUGGAGAAGCUGGAGAAGCUGCAGCGGGCGGCGCUGGAGGCCGCUCCCGCGAUCGAGGUAGCGCUUUGUAACGGGGCUUGCGGAUUAAAGUCUGGCCUGGAACGCAGGAGGUGGUGCUGCGCUGGGCGGGGGAGGCCGCGUGUCGGGUGCUUUUCGUGGAGAAGUUCCGCUGGUCGCUUCAAAGGCGAGGUUUUAAACGCGGCUUUAGAGGUACCAGAACCGCCCCCGGCAGGAGCUGUUCUGGGAGGGCCCCGGCAGACCGCGGGAGGAGCCAAGUUACACAACCCCACUGCUCUAAGCGGGGUUUACCAGACCCGCUUAAGCAGGGCAUCGCUUGUCUCCUGGAGCACGUCGUGUUCCCGGGCCUGGAACGGCUACUUCCCAGCACUUCUGAACACCUCAAAUCUUGACAUGAAACUGAAAAACACAGGAGAGGCUUCACUGUGUUCCUGUACACGAGUAUUCCUUAGAUUCUUCUUCUUGUUGAGCAAGGGCUUGGCAGAGCUGUGCUGUACAGACACGUUCUCAGUUAUCUGUGCCAGCCUGGAUGCUCCUACGCCAGGCACUUGUGUUUUCAAAAACAGAUCUGGUAAAUACUUACCAUGAGUUUAAUUACACGCUGAUUGCAAUACCAAAGGGCGGUGUUAGAUGUACUGCCGAAUUGCACACACUUCAGAGAUUUGAACACAGUUAAAUUUGUUCUGUUUAAAAGAAAUAAAAAGGAGGCACAAACAAGAGCUUCACAAAAAAUAUUUUUAAUAUGUUUUACCAGAACUUUUCACUUUUCCAGUUACAUAGAAAAAAAAGACAAGUUCGGUACACAGGGGGUGAAACCAACCAGUGUUCUCCCCUGAAAAAGAUGAAUUUAUCUUUAUGAUCCAACUCUUUAUUUUCUUGGGCUCUUUAAAACAAAGAAACUUCUAUUUUUUUUUCCUCCCAAAGCACAGUAUUUCUUCAGCAGCAAUGGAAAUGGGAUCACAGCAGCUCAACUUGACCCUUCUAUAAAGCUUAGUAUAAACAGUGAUUUUUAUGAUGACAGCACUGUCCUGGAAAGAGCGCGCAGCAGUCGGACAUGGAUGCACAUGGGGAAUGAUUAGGUCAUAAACAUGGCACGUACAGAGAUAGCUUAUUUGAAGGCACCACCACAGCAGUGGCCAGUUGUUCUACUAUUAUGCCCAAAGAAAGAACACUUCUUUCUGAAAUUUACAAAACUAUUAAAAAAAAAAAAAA